GGCAAGGCCUGGCGUCGCCAGGACGCCGAGCCACGGGUGUAGAGUGGAGCGGGGAGCGGGAUGUGUCUUCUGCUCGGGGCCACGGGUGUGGGGAAGACGCUGUUGGUGAAACGCUUGCAGAAGCUGAGCUCCCGGGAUGGGAAGGGCGACCUGGGCGAUCUUCCCCCCACGCGGCCCACGGUGGGUACCAACCUAACGGACAUCGUGGCUCAGAGAAGGAUCACCAUCCGGGAGCUGGGCGGGUGCAUGGGCCCCAUCUGGUCCAGUUACUAUGGAAACUGUCAUUCUCUCCUGUUCAUGGUGGACACCUCUAACCCUACCCAGCUCUCUGCAUCCUGUGUGCAGCUCCUGGCUCUCCUUUCGGCAGAACAACUUGCAGAAGCAUCGGUUCUGAUUCUCUUCAAUAAAAUUGACCUGCCGUGUUACAUGACCAUAGAAGAGAUAAAGUCGUUAAUCAGGCUCCCGGACCUCAUUGCUUGUGCCAAGCAGAACAUCACCACGGUAGAAAUCAGUGCCUGGAAAGGCACUGGCUUGUCAGAAGUGCUGCGCUGGCUCGAGGACACCCACAGAACGAAUGGUUGACUGCCGGGCCGAGAAGCGUGGCUGGCCUGCUCUGUGGCAAGAAGGCAGAAGCAAGCAUUACUUGGCCUCUGGCCAUCUGCUGCUUUUAUAAGGGCAGGAUAAAUCCUAGAAGAUGGGGUUCUGUGCUGAGUUGCAGUGAUGGGUAAACUGAGGCACCCAGGUUAUAGAAUUCCUGACAUCUGCCCUCUGGCUCCAGAGCUGGGAGAGAAGGACAGGCCUUCCAGGUGGCUUGUGUCCUACACCAUCCUGGGAUGGUUCCAGGGGAUUUGUUCCCCUGCCCACCAGGAGAGCUGCUCUCUCAACUCUGAUACAAGCUCCAACCUGUUGAGUUUCUGAUACCUUGACAGUACAAGGAAGCUUGUGGGAAAACACCUAUUGCUUGGUGCAUUUGUGUCCUAGGGCCUCUGUAACAAAUCGCCACAAAUGGUGGCUUGCAGCAGCAUAAACUUACAUUCACGGUGCUGGAAGCCAGAAGUGUGGAGGCUCUGAGGGAGAAUCCAUUCCCUGCUUCUAGUGGCUGCUCGUGCCGCUUGGUGUCAUUGGCUUGUGGCUCGCAGGACUUGAAUCUCUGCCUCUGUCUUCACGUGGUCUUCUCUCCUCUUUUUAUAAGGAGGAUGUAGGGCCCACCCUAAAUCCAAGGUGAUUUCAUCUCAAGAUCCACAGUUACAUGUGCAAAGAUCCUUCUUCCAAAGGUCACCUUUGCAUGUUCCGGGGGUUACAACUUGGACGUAUCUUUUGGGGCCACUAUUAAACCUACUGCAGUCUAGUAAGAAAUCCUCUGCUUCUGCGUGUUGUUGUGAGUUUCCUACAACAGCUUCCUCUGUCUCAGCUGGUGGUCUAGCUCAUUGGGCCAUCGGCCCAGGCCCUCAGCCUCCUCACGGUUUCCAGUUGGUCACUCUGCGGGGGUGAGGGGAGCUCUGUUCUACAGAGGUUUUAAAUGGUGCUCCGAGAAAGCUCUGUAUGUCCUGCAGGGCAGUGCGGUCUCAAGUCUUCCUUUCCCUGUUGAAGCGAUAGGCCUCCCAGUUCAGUGCUGCUGCUCCCUGGGAAGGUUCUCAAUUGGCUCUUGGAUGUACAGGGCCGGUGCCACCUUCUCAGGCAGACCACGUAGUUGCCAGUGGUCCCCCUCCAUGGUGGGUCUGUGGAGAUUUCACAGGACCCACAGUGACUGGCUGGCAGAUGUCCCCCAAUCUCAGGGCACUGAGGAGAGUGUGGCCAGACCUUGAAGUGUCAACCAUUCAUGGGUCACAUGCCUAGUUCAUCUUUUGGCUUGAUGCAGGUGUGUUUUAACAAAGCAUUUUAGCAUUUUCCAAAUGAGGCUGGUACAGGUGGCACUGUUGAGGCCCUCCGAGGGCUUUUGGAAGGCCGGCAUGGCCCCCAUUGGUCUCAUGGGGACCCAGGGCCCCAGCACCCCUGGGUCUCUCUAGGGCGGGAACAGUUCACACCAGCCUGCCUCGGCCACCCCUGCGGUUGUGUCUUUGCCCCAGCCACUCUGACCCCAGGGCCAGACAUCCAGGCCCAGAGGGGACAGGCAGGGCUACAUCCGUACUGCAGGAGAUUGGCCUGAGGGGUCUGGGCUCCC